UAAAGGAGUAGAAAAAAAGAAAUUGGGUAGAUGGGUAGAGGCUUCCAGUUAGAUUUUCUGUUGUGUUGGCAGGUCUGUGUGGCCCAGAGCAACAUCUACGACUAUCCCGAGGAGGAGCAGAUUGAGAAGCUGGAAAGUCUGCUGUUGAAACUCAUUCAACCUCGGCCUCGACCUGUCAUCCAGAUCAACGAGCAACUGCACAUCAAGGCAUCCAAGUGCUGUCAUGCCGUGCCAAUGAUGGACUGUUGCUCCCCUUCUGACUGCUGUACAUUCGGCAUAGAUUCCUGUUGCAAAUAGAUCGCCAACAGCGCGCCAUAAACCACGGUGGAAUUCCGCGCGAAAAAGCGGGAAGGAGAAAUGAGAUUUUUAGAAGAAAAGAUAUAGAUAUUUCAAUGUUUCUUUUUAUAGUUUUGAUGAUUUUGGGAUUGUUUUCGAUGAUGUAUCUGUUUAUGCAUUGGAGAAGAUCAUAUAUUUUCACGGUAUCUCCUUCAAAUCCAUCUUUGUGAUUUAGAUUGAAAAAAGGCAUUCAUUGUGUAAUUUCUGAUAAAUAUAUAUAUAUGGCCAUCAAGCUAUCAGCGGCAUCUCUACAUUAAAACUCUGAUAACAGAAA